AUGUCUAGAUAUCAUUCCCAAUUACCAUCAGAAUUUCUGUUGGGUCCAUUAGUUAUCGAUCAACAAGAUGUUUCACUGCCAUUGAUGGGACAACUGUCAGCUGUUGAAUUGGUCAAUUCUACCAAUAGUUCUACAACAACAAGCGCGAUUUAUGGUGAUUACAACACUGUUGUUAUAUCUUUGACUUCUCCUUUCGUUUUGAUAUUUGGUGGUUUAUUUAUUGCGUCAGUUGUCAGUUACUUGAUGCAACAAAAGAACAUGAAGAGAAAUCAACACAUUUUGUUUGCUAUUUUGUUUGUUCUGGAAAGUUUGGUGUUUGUCAAUAUGCUAACUAGAAUUUCAAGUGAGCUGGCUCUAUUACACAUGGUUCCAAAUGAAGGAAAAGUGGCAAGUGUUGUUAUCAAGAUUUUUGACAGAUGUUUUGUGAAUAUUGCAAUUUAUGUUGAAGUAGUGUUGAUGGCUCAUAUUUGUUACAUUUUUGCCGAAACUUGUCGUUCUAUCAGUGUUUUAUCUGAAAGAGCAUUCGAAAUUGUUAGAAAGGGAUUAUUUGCCUUCUUGAUCAUUUUGGGUGGAUUGUUCGUUCUCCUCUGUUGCAUUACCAUUGCUUUUGGAGGUUUAGCAGCUGGUCGUGCCAAUAUUGACCCAGAUUUAUUGAGCUAUCUCCAAUUGGGUUUCUUCCUGAGCGCAGCUCUUUUAUUUUUCAUCUCAACAGUUUCCGUUUCAAUCUUCCUCAAUGUGAUUGGCAGAAAACUCAUCAAGAGUUUGAAAGAAAGCAAGGAAAAAAUCAAGAAUAUGCUUCGUGGAGUUUCUCCAUCCGAAAUUAAGGGAAAAAGUGUUGAAAAAAUCAAAACUUACAAAUUCAAGAAAGUUGCCUUGAGAAAAUCAAUGGCUAUUCAAUACGGAUUGACCAUUUCAUUGAUUUUCCAAUUUAUUGGUUUCGUUUUCAUUCCACUCACCUUAACUUGGAAUUAUUUCAUGAAUUUCUUUCACAUGCUUUACAAUAUUGGAAUUAUUGCGUUUGUAGUAUUGAUUCUCUCAAUUUACAAUCCAUUGAGAGAGGUACAAAAGUUGUUUAGAAUGGAUUCUGAUCAAAAGAUUAUUCCACAAGCUUCGAAUGUUUCAUUAUCUUCUUCAAAUGGAAAAUCGAGAAAUUCAACUCAAGAUUUGGUUCUCUCGCCAACUUCUUCCAAUGAAAUGUUGGAUGUUAAAAAGUUGAAAUCACCAACAAGUCCAACUGGUGAAGGAAGUGAUCAGCAGCUAUCAAUGAGCUUGGAUAGUUCAAUCUUGUCAUCAAUUAAUAUGACAUCAGAAUAA